AGCGGUCGUGGCGCCAGCUGAGAAGAGAUGGCCUCGGCGUGUCCCCCUGCGGCCUCCACACAGCCCGCCUUGCCCUCCGGACCUGCCGUCUUCAAAACUGUCCCCUACGCGUUCAUCCUACCAGAGAUACUCUGCGGGACCUGGGUGUGGAUCCUCGUUGCUGCUACCUCUGUCUCCUUCCCGCUGCUGCAGGGAUGGGUGAUGUACGUGUCCCUCACUUCCUGCCUCAUCUCCUUGCUGCUCCUCAUAAGCUACCUCUUCGGCUUUCACAAGAACAGCGAGAACUGGAAAGUGCUGGACAGUUUGUACCACGGAGCCACAGCCAUUCUGUACAUGAGCGCUGCUGUCUUGCAAGCCAACGCGACCAUCCGCUCUGAGUUCGGCCCCAACUCGCCGCUUUACUACCAGCUCAACAGUGCCGCAUCGUUCUUCGCCUUCAUCACGACCUUCCUGUACAUCCUCCACGCCUUCAGCAUCUACUACCAGUGA